GAGCCCCAGUCUGGCCGGAGUUAGCUGGAGCUGUUGCCAUGACAAGCAUUUUCUUAAGACAGCUCUGCUGUUGAGACUGUCCUAGGCUGGGGGGUAGGGUGGGGGCACGAACUUCUUGGGGGUCCAUCCCUCCGAAGACAGCGAGAUCAGACACCCGCCCAGCUCCCUGAACCCAUUUUCUCCCAGGGACGGUCCUUCGCGUGGAAAGGUUGGGGAAGAAGACCCAGCCCACUCCCCCCAGCUGUAGCUGAAAGGCCAGAGCGCAAAGCCAGCAUCACUAGGUGGUUUGCCACACUGGGGAGAGCGGUGGGUGGCCACCCCACCCUACUCGGUCCAUGGAAACACGGAGGGACGGUCCCGCUCGGAGACACCUGGAUCUUUGCUAGAAAGAGAGAAACCGUGAGGACCCGAGGGAAUCUUCACUAUUUGGUCACCCAGGUCAGCUGCCAGCUGCUACUGGAAUCGAGCAGACCACUGGAUAUGCAGCCGGGAGAGUCCAGGCUGGAAUCUGCCUUGCUUUCUCUGGUAUACACCCUCAAGAGAUCUCAGCUGGAAUACAGCGGCCACUGGGUCAAGAGGCCUAGCCCUCAUCGUUAUCCAGGGGGCCCUCCUCUUUCUCCUGAUGCCGGCCUACCAUCGUAAUUGCUGAUUGUUGCUAAGGUUGCUUCCAUGGUAACAUGCUUAUCCUGUUUACACUUCUAUAUGGACAAGAAGUCUAAACUAGGAACCUACCUACUCUGGACAACCAUCCCCAUCUCCACCCAGAGGACACCAAUCAUCGUGACACCACGUCCGUCUUUUACUAAGUUCCCCCAACCUCUUCCUCCUCUCACUAGUAGACUUAAUACAGAAGAAAGGAUCUAGGCCGGGUGUUGCUACUCUGAAACUUAUUGCACAAGAUAUUGUCAAUUUAUCCCCUAACUGACCUCCCAGAGAAGAAAGAAGGGGGAAGAAACGGCGAAGAGAAGGCAAGAGACACUGAUCAGUUAGAGGGGAAACUCUACAUCUUCUCUGGUUGAGAGUCUGGUAACUGAAGAAGGCAAAAUGACGAAUCCAGCAGGACAAAGCGUGUCAGCCAACGCAGUGGCUGAGAGCCAUGAAGGGGAGUUUGGCUGCACCUUAAUGGACCUGCGAAAGCUCAUGGAGCUUCGUGGAGCUGAUGCAGUGGCCCAGAUCAGUGCCCACUACGGAGGGGUACAGGAAAUCUGCACUAGACUGAAGACCACCCCUAUAGAAGGUCUAUCUGGGAACCCUGCAGAUUUGGAGAAGCGUAGACUUGUUUUUGGAAAGAACGUGAUACCUCCGAAAAGGCCCAAGACUUUCUUAGAAUUAGUGUGGGAAGCCCUGCAGGAUGUCACGCUCAUCAUCCUAGAGAUCGCAGCCAUCAUCUCCCUGGUCCUGUCCUUCUACCGACCUCCGGGUGGAGAUAAUGAAAUCUGUGGUCACAUUGCAAGUAGCCCAGAAGAAGAGGAGGAAGGAGAAACUGGCUGGAUUGAGGGGGCAGCCAUUCUCGCCUCGGUGAUCAUUGUGGUACUUGUGACAGCCUUCAAUGACUGGAGCAAAGAGAAGCAGUUCCGGGGGCUGCAGAGUCGCAUUGAACUGGAGCAAAAAUUCUCCAUUAUCCGGAAUGGUCAGCUUAUCCAACUCCCAGUGGCUGAGAUUGUGGUGGGAGAUAUUGCCCAGAUCAAAUACGGUGACCUGCUGCCUGCAGAUGGAAUCCUAAUCCAGGGAAAUGAUCUGAAGAUUGACGAGAGCUCUCUGACAGGAGAAUCGGAUCAUGUCAAGAAGACUCCGGACAAAGACCCCAUGUUGCUCUCGGGGACUCAUGUGAUGGAAGGUUCUGGACGGAUGGUGGUGACUGCUGUGGGGGUCAACUCCCAGACUGGAAUCAUCUUCACCCUCUUAGGGGCUAGUGAGGAAGAAGAAGAUGAUGACAAGAAGAAGAAAGGUAAAAAACAAGGAGCCCCUGAAAAUCGCAACAAAGCAAAGACCCAGGAUGGAGUGGCCUUGGAAAUCCAGCCACUCAACAGCCAAGAGGGGAUCGACAGUGAGGACAAGGAGAAGAAAAUAACCAGGAUACCCAAGAAGGAGAAGUCGGUGCUGCAAGGCAAGCUCACACGCCUGGCUGUGCAGAUCGGGAAGGCGGGUCUGAUCAUGUCUGUCCUCACAGUUGUCAUCUUGAUUCUGUACUUUGUGGUUGACAAUUUCGUGAUCCAGCGCCGAGCAUGGCUUCCUGAGUGCACUCCUGUCUAUAUUCAGUAUUUUGUCAAGUUCUUCAUCAUCGGAGUCACUGUAUUGGUAGUGGCUGUGCCAGAAGGGCUGCCACUGGCUGUCACCAUCUCACUGGCCUACUCUGUAAAGAAAAUGAUGAAGGACAACAACUUGGUACGGCACUUGGAUGCUUGUGAGACAAUGGGCAAUGCCACAGCCAUUUGCUCCGAUAAGACAGGCACACUGACCAUGAACCGCAUGACCGUGGUGCAAGCUUACAUCGGGGGCACUCACUACCGCCAGGUCCCACAGCCCGACGUCCUCCCACCCAAGGUUCUGGAGCUCAUUGUCAAUGGCAUCUCCAUCAACUGUGCUUACACGUCUAAGAUUCAGCCUCCAGAAAAGGAGGGAGGCCUACCCCGACAAGUAGGCAACAAGACAGAGUGUGGCCUGCUGGGCUUUGUCAUAGACCUGAAGCAGGACUACCAAGCAGUUCGCAAUGAGGUGCCUGAGGAGAAGCUCUUCAAGGUGUACACCUUCAACUCAGUGCGCAAGUCCAUGAGCACUGUCAUCAGGAAGCCAGAAGGGGGCUUCCGCAUGUUCAGCAAGGGCGCCUCUGAGAUAAUGCUGCGCAGGUGUGAUCGAAUUCUGAACAAGGAAGGAGAAAUCAAAAUGUUCAGAAGUAAGGACCGAGAUAAUAUGGUGCGCACUGUCAUUGAGCCCAUGGCCAGUGAAGGGCUCCGGACUAUCUGCCUAGCUUACCGAGAUUUCGAUGACACAGAGCCCUCGUGGGACAUUGAGAGUGAGAUUCUCACUUCGCUGAUCUGCAUUGCAGUGGUGGGCAUUGAGGAUCCUGUGCGCCCAGAGGUACCAAAUGCAAUUGCCAAAUGCAAACAGGCUGGCAUUACUGUGAGAAUGGUGACAGGUGAUAAUGUCAACACAGCCCGGGCCAUUGCCACCAAAUGUGGCAUUCUGACUCCUAAAGAUGACUUCUUGUGCCUGGAAGGCAAAGAAUUCAACAGACUUAUCCGAAAUGAGAAGGGUGAGGUUGAACAAGAAAAGCUGGACAAGAUCUGGCCCAGGCUUCGGGUACUGGCACGAUCUUCUCCCACGGACAAGCACACAUUGGUGAAAGGUAUCAUUGACAGCACUGCUGGGGAACAGCGGCAGGUAGUAGCUGUCACCGGUGAUGGAACAAAUGAUGGACCUGCUCUAAAGAAAGCAGAUGUCGGGUUUGCUAUGGGCAUCGCAGGCACAGAUGUGGCUAAGGAGGCGUCAGACAUCAUCCUGACCGAUGACAACUUCACCAGCAUUGUGAAGGCAGUGAUGUGGGGACGGAACGUGUAUGACAGCAUUUCCAAGUUCCUGCAGUUCCAGCUCACUGUCAAUGUGGUGGCCGUGAUUGUGGCUUUCACUGGAGCCUGCAUCACUCAGGAUUCCCCACUGAAAGCGGUGCAGAUGUUGUGGGUUAACCUGAUUAUGGACACGUUUGCUUCCCUGGCCCUGGCCACAGAGCCCCCCACCGAGUCUCUGUUGAGGCGGCGCCCCUAUGGGCGAAACAAGCCUCUGAUCUCCCGCACUAUGAUGAAGAACAUCUUGGGCCAUGCCGUGUAUCAGCUCCUAAUCGUCUUCCUCCUCGUCUUUGCUGGCGACCGACUGUUCGACAUUGACAGUGGGAGGAAGGCACCUCUCAAUUCACCCCCCAGCCAGCACUACACCAUUGUUUUCAACACGUUUGUGCUGAUGCAACUCUUCAACGAAAUCAACGCUCGGAAGAUCCACGGUGAGAAGAAUGUGUUUGCAGGCAUCUACCGCAACAUCAUUUUCUGCUCUGUAGUUUUAGGCACAUUCUUCUGCCAGAUCAUGAUUGUGGAACUGGGAGGGAAGCCCUUCAGCUGCACAAGCCUGACCAUGGAGCAGUGGAUGUGGUGUCUCUUUAUAGGGAUUGGAGAACUUUUGUGGGGUCAGGUCAUCUCUGCAAUACCUACCAAGUCUCUGAAGUUCCUGAAGGAGGCUGGCCACGGCAGUGACAAAGACGACAUCAGCAGGGAUACUGAGGGAAUGGAGGAGAUUGACCUUGCCGAGAUGGAACUUCGCCGAGGCCAGAUCCUCUGGGUCCGUGGCCUGAACCGGAUUCAGACUCAGAUUGACGUAAUUAACAAUUUCCAGACGGGAGCCCCCUUAAAGAGAGUCCGAGAGAACAUGACUCAACACCUUGAUGUAAAACUGGUUCCUAGCUCCUAUUCCGCAGCAGUUGCAUCACUCAGAACUUGCCCCUCCAUCUCUUCUGCCAUCUCUUCUGCAGUUACAUCUCCUCCUGUGGGCAGUGAGUGAGAAUCAGAGUGGUCAAAAUGUUCCAUAAUCUCCAUGAAGUUGUUCAUAAACCCAAGAACCGUAGCUCCAUCCACGCCUUCAUGACCCAACCUGAGUACCCCGCAGAUGAUGAACUGUCUCAAUCCUUCCUGGAUAUCCAAGAGGGCAAUCCUGAAUUGGCUUCUAAGGCGGGGACGAGUGUGCUCCUGUUGGAUGGUGAAGCUGCUUCACAGGACAACACAAAUAACAACGCCGUGGACUGCCACCAAGUGCAAAUCGUUACCUCCCGUUCUGACAGCCCUCUGCCAAGCCUGGAGACACCGGUCUGAACUUCCAUUCUCUGAGUCCCGCCCCUGCUCUUCCUGUUCCUCUUCUUCUGUCCCAUGUGUAUGUGAUGGUGGGACUUGUCAUUGUUGUGUCAGCUGCUCCUAAGUAUGUGAGAACCCCCACCCGACCAUGAAGAAGCAGGAGCACAGACCUACCUGGAUUCAGUCAAACCCUGGGCAGGUAACGGUAGAUCCACUCCUCAGGUGUACUCGCUGUCAUUUUAAAGAGAUGGUAGCAAACCUCUUGGCAUCACCCAACCCAAAAUCUCCACAGCACUCCCACAUGCACUACCACCUCCUCUUGACUCCAAGAUUUUAUCCAAUGAGUUUCUGCCAUUUACAUUUACAAGCUAAGUUGUGGGCUUGGUGCAAGACAAAUACCCUGUGUUUGUGUUUCAGUAGAGUGGUUUUUCUUAAAACAUUUUUUUUCCUAUUUUGAAAAUGUGCACUCUAAGGCUUUUUCUGCCCUUCAGUCUGAUGUCCCCUCAAGGUUCUUAUAUGACUGAUCUCUCUCUCUCUCUCUCUCUCUCUCUCUCUCUCUCUCUCUCUCUCUCUCUCUCUCUUUCAUGUUAGCUAUAAGAAUGGAAAGGACAUGGACAAGUUGAGCCAACUUUGACCCUUUCUGGCCCCAGUAGACCCUUUCAUUCUGUUCUAGAGGCAGGCAGAUUUCUUUGCUAAAAUGGUCUUUUUGGAGCAAAUGAGCUGGUGAAAUAUUUCCCUAUUCUUACCAGGUCAGCACCCACCUUCUGAAUGUCUGUCUUCUUGGGUAUAUAGGGGUUUUGAAGUGCCAGGGAAAUCAGCCCUGACCAUGGGGCUUGUGCAUGUGGAAUCUAUAGUUUUUACCGUAGGCCUGAGCUUCCUUCUUGCCCGGGGAGGUAGCAGAAGAGUGAAUGAGUCAUGCCCCUGCCUCCUAGCUGGUUGAGGAGCCUCAGAAGGACCAGAAGUCAUUAAAGCAGACUUCUUUCAAGGGUUUUUGCCAAGGCUCUCCCAGGGCAGGAGCUUCUGGGGGGUAGGGGGGAAUGAGUGUUAAGAAGUCUUGGGAAGGGCUAAAGAACCAGUCCUUCAGGAUCUGAGAAACCUCCCUACACUUUGCCCCACAUCAUUUUCUGUCUCUAAGGAGGUCCCCAACUUCUGCAAACAUUCUAAUGUUGAAAAUGCAUAUCCACAAGAGGAGGCUCCCUGACAGCAUGCUGGUUCAAGGAGCAAAAGGCUCUCCCUGGGAAGCCACCUCCUCCCACCACCCCCACCACCCCACCACCCCCGUUUUCACGCACCCUCCUCCAGCGUCUCUACUGCUGCCCGGGAAAGUCUGUGCCUUUCUGCCCCGAACACUGCCCAGAGCACCCUCUGCCCGCCCGCCUCUCAGGAGUUGGGAACUUCACCAAAAGGGACUUUGCCUUACUGGGACAAGGAGGAGGCACAGUCGCAGGUGCUCCAUGUGUAUCACCGCUGGGCUGAUCUAAGCAUUUUUGUGCAGGUGGAUGGAAUGUAUGUCCCCAAGUCCCAUCUCCUGUUAGGUCAGUGAAGCCUUCCUCCCUCUUUCCAGGGUAAUAGGAAUAAGAGGGUGCACGAGGCUCAUGAGAACAGCCAGGUUUCCACUUGGGAGAGGAAAGUGAAAUGAGCUUGCCCACUCUUCUUCUAGCCUUCUUCCUCCCACCCCACCUUUCCCCCACGCUCCCAGGGGAGGGUGAGUGAAGGGACAAACACCAUUGCACACCCAUUCCAGCAUAAUCCAUCAUUCUAGCAGGGAGGAGGUUUUGAUUUGGUUUUCGUAAAGCUUACACAUUUCGGCAAUCUUUCCUCUUUGCAGGGAAAGGUAUCUCACUCGAGGUGUUGCUGUUCAACUAUAUAUAUUUAAGUACAGUUGAAGAUUGGAUUCUCUCAACUCUUUUAUUACCUCAGAUCAUUUUAAAAAAAUAAGCCAGUAGCAAGUUUUGAAGGCCAUUUUACCAUCCUUGCUCCCAAACGACUCUGUGGUGCCUGACAGGUUACUCCUGAGGGCUUGUGUCUACUUUUUCAAAGUCAACAGGUUUUACUGUGUAUGCGUGUUCUGUAGUUUCCAUAGUAAGAGAAAAUAUAGAAAUAUUAUGCAAAAAAUAUAGUUUUCUUUAGGUCAGGGACUGACAUCUAUUAGUCAGCCAUAUAUCUAUAUCUAUAUAUAUUGUUUAAAGAAUUUCAAAUAAAGUGCCACCGUGUCACACCGUGGAGAGGAGCAUCACCAGCUGUUUGGCACGACAGGUGACUCAGUACGUUUGUAAUUGGUUAAAAACAACAACCAAUAUACCAUACUUUCUUUCUCCAAACAGCCAUCUUUAUAUUUAGGGAAAAAAUUUGUUGGGUUCUAGACUUUUUUAAUAUAAAUUUUGUUGAUACAGAAUUGAAUAAGUUCAAGUGUUUCUGUGCAUAUGUUUUUAUAUGUUUUUUUUUUUCUAUUCAGUUUCAGUAAUCCAGGUGGCAGUGUGUAAAUAUGACAUCAGUUAUGACACUUUCCCCUAAAUGGUGCUCUGGAUUUGAAAGAGGUCAGAUGGGGAGAGAGAAUAUAUCCUAGAGCCUUCUUUUGAUAAACCUGGACAGAUGGGUAAGAGCCUGCUGGUAGUGAAGGAAGCACCCACAAAGAGGCUCCUUAGCUGUGGGGCCACGGCAGGUGCUGCCGUGGAGGAGAGCCAGGCUUGUUGGUACUCAGGAGUGAGGGUCAGUUGGGUUUCUGUUUCUUAAGGAAUUAGUGGGUAGAGUAGUGUCAGUGAUGGAUGGUCUCUACUCCCAUGCAGGGUCUACAGUUCUUUAUGCUUCCUUCCCUUUCUCCUCCCCCCGGAGAGACCCCACGAGUGAGGUUCUGUGUAUGACUCUGAGUUGUAACAACCUGCUGAUACAGCAGAUAGGAGCCAGAGCUCCAAACUGGAAAGGAUCAAUGCAACAACAAUGGCUACUUGUAGCUCCGGCUGACAGUCUCAGGACUAGGCCUUCUCAACAGUUCUUCCAUGUCCUUUCCAGUACUUUUCCCAUCCCAAAAGCUGUAGGAGAGACCAGCUAGAAGCCCUCUGGACCCUUGGAAGUUCCUCGGGGUUGGAUUUCUUUUUUGCCUUCAAGCUUUAGGGGAGAGUUGCAAAGAUCAAUCAGAGGGAUUACCUCACUGCCGAAAACCCAAGGGAACUUGAGUGUGCCCGAAUCCUCUCCCAGACCCCUCUCUUUCUCCCCACUCCCCUCGCCUUACAGUUGAAGCUACCUGUGGCAUCAUUCCAAUUCAAUCACUUUCUGCAUCUAGGGUCCACCCCAUGGCACUUAGGGGUGGGCACUUGCAAUGCCUGCUGUUCUAAAGCCAUUCCGGCCUCCUCCUCAGAAUAGACCAGAUACUCUCGUUCCCUUCCAUUUAGCUGAGAGCCAGAACUUUUACCUUCCCAGUGUGCAGUUCGGCCCACUGCCUUCUUUCUUCUUGGUUGGGAGACGUGAAGGAAGGUGAGAUUCCCUGCAAUGGAAUCGACCUUUGGCCCGUAUUUUCUCCCUGUAUGUAUAUAUGCCAUAUGUAAAUAUGCCAUAUAUGUGCCAACAAAUUGUUCUACGCCAUCUUUUCUAAUCAGCAUGCAGAUAGGAACUUUGAGUUUCUUCUCAGUAACUAGUAUAAUGAGCACUGGUAUUUUUGUACAAAACAAAAAGAAAAAAAAAUUGACUUUUGUGGUCUGCAUGACAGACAUGAUAUCAAAGCAAUGUAUACCCUAGUAUGUGUGGCCAUAGUUUGCAGUUCAGCUGAGCAGUGCACCCAAUCUGUAUUUGCAUUUGAUAUUAUUUAAGCUCUAUGUAUAAUGUUUUGCAUGUAUUUAUAUGGUUCUUGGGAGGGGGGAUGCUAGAAACUGACAAAUCUAUACUGCAAAUGUGUUAUACAACUGACACGGGAAGAAAAGGAGUUUUAAAGGGGGUGACUUUUUGGAACCAAUAAAGCUUUUUGCUGAUGAACAGAAACCAAUGCCAUGCACUGAGAAUAAAAACCCAUGCCCACUUGUAA